CGCGGAGGAAGAAAGUGCAUGAAAACUUGACUGAUGGGUGGUAAGUGACAGCAAAAGAAACGUCGCAGUUUGCUGUGCAUCUGGUCUGUGUUGAGGAAAAUUUCUUCCUGAAAGUUGAUCAGAAGUAGACUGUUUUGCCAGUUUCGGUGCGUAACGAUCGCGAAUAUAGCUCAAGAUUUGGACGCCUGUGUUUUAAUAUUGUAGACGCGUUGAUCAAACUACCGGGCGACGAGAUUGCUGCGGCCAGGCCUUUGGAUGUGCUGUGUUGUUCGCUGUGCUGCGUCAACGGGCCAUCGUCGUCACCAGCGAUGAGCAGUCAGAGUCAUAAGAUGUCCGGUCCUCAUGCCCCGUGCUCCAGCGUAAAAUCCGCCGUCGAGGAAAUUGAACUGACGGCACGAUUCAGUGAACAAAUGGCUCAGCUCUGUAUGUCUUACGACUACUCGGACGUAACGUUCAUCGUCGAGAACGAAAAAUUGCCGGCGCAUCGUGUGAUACUGGCCGCCCGGAGUGAGUACUUCAGGGCGCUGCUCUACGGAGGGUUGGCGGAGUCAACCCAGAAUGAGAUCCAUCUGAAGAUACCGUUGAAGGCGUUCAAGGCACUGCUGAAGUACAUCUACUCGGGCAACAUGUCUCUGGCGCAAAUGAAAGAGGAGAAUAUUUUAGAUACGUUGGGCCUAGCCAAUCAAUAUGGUUUUACGGAUCUGGAGAUCGCUAUCUCCGAUUACCUGCGCCAGGUUCUGUCGUUGAACAACGUUUGCGCUAUUUUGGAUGCUGCCAAGCUGUUCGGCUUGGAGAGCCUCACUAGUGUCUGCCAUGCCUUCGUAGAUCGAAACGCGGAAGCCAUUCUGCAGCAUGAUUCGUUUAAGAACCUUUCACAGGAUGCGAUCUGCAGUUUACUAAUGAGGGAUUCGUUUUUUGCACCGGAAGUCCAAAUUUUUCAGGCCGUACAUGAAUGGUGCAAGUGCAACUCGGAGGGCGAAAACAUCGAAUCGGUAGUAUCUAAAGUGCGGUUCUCGUUGAUGACAUUGGAGCAACUGUUGCAUGUGGUGAGACCUUCUGGAAUACUGGAUCCGGAUCAUCUGUUGGAUGCCAUCGCUGAAAAAACUGCGUCCACGCAAUUGCCAUACCGAGGUGCCUUGUGGCCGGAGGAAAAUGUUGCGAACACUAAGUUCAAUUCCCGUACAAUCAACGGUGAGUUGCGUUCUGCCCUGUUAGACGGAGAUACCAUUUCGUACGACAUGGAGAAAGGUUAUACGCGACACUCAAUUAGCGACAACGGCGACUCGCAGGGUAUCAUUGUGGAACUCGGUAAGCUGUUCAUCAUCAAUCACAUUAAAAUACUGCUGUGGGAUCGCGACACCCGGUCGUAUUCGUAUUACGUGGAGGUCUCUGUGAACCAAACCAACUGGGACCGGGUUGUGGAUCAUACGGAUUACUAUUGUCGAUCGUGGCAGUAUUUGUAUUUUCCAUCGAGAGCCGUGCGUUAUAUUCGCUUGGUGGGAACGCAUAACACCGUCAAUAAAGUUUUCCACGUAGUCGCACUGGAAGCUAUGUUUACCGAAAAAACCGUUCCAGUGGUCAAUGGUAUCGUUGCUCCCAGCUACAAUGUAGCAACAGUAGAUCGGAGCGCGGCCGUGGUGGAAGGCGUUAGUCGUACUCGCAAUGUACUGCUUAACGGGGAUGUAAAGAAUUACGACUGGGAUUCAGGUUACACCUGUCAUCAACUGGGUAGUGGCGUUAUCUUGGUUCAAUUGGGGCAGCCCUACUGGAUCGGUUCGCUGCGAUUGUUGCUCUGGGAUUGCGAUGAUCGAUCGUACAGCUUCUACAUCGAAAGCUCGACCAACUUGAAACAAUGGGACAUGAUCGUCGACAAGCGAAAAGAUUUACUGAAAUCAUGGCAGCACUUUGCCUUCGAUCCGAGAGUGGUGGUUUACAUCAAAAUCGUCGGCACCCACAAUACAGCCAAUGAGAUUUUCCACUGCGUCCACUUUGAGUGUCCCUCGCAGGACCCCAAGUUUUUGAAGAGCGAUGCACGCGACGGGUUGCUCUCGUUGGCUUUGACCGGCGGAAACAACGGCGGCAAUUCCCUUGCUGGAGCUGGUCUGCUGGCCCAGGAAAUGUUCGGCAUAGGGGCUGACGGGGCGAUCGGACCGGCACUGGAACCGCAGCCCAGCACUAGUCGAGAAAGCACCGUCAGCACCCGAGAGUUGGUUGACUAGAUGAGGACUUCACAUCACUUAGCGCGGAGGGUUUUCUCUUCAUGCAAACAAUUAACUACUUAGAUAAGCUUCUAUACCCCAGCAAUAAUUGUAGUUGCGCCACUAAUUCAGCGUCCCUGUUUGCGGGGAUACACGAGCAAAUUGUAGAUUAUUUUACCAUGGUUUGUUCUGCUGGUCGAAUUGAGGUAAGGAAUGUUGUUUUUUGGCAUGAGUCACGUGAGAUCAUAUCGGUAAAGAUGCUCAUUGCGCUUAUGUCGGCAUCAACAUUUCUUACCACACCAAACUCGCAGAAUAUUUUAAAACGUUUGUAUAUUAACCGUGGUAGAAUACCAAAUUAUUUAUUUCGUUUUUAAAACGCUGUUCGAGCACCGAUUGGAAUCGUAUUUGAUUGAGUCAAACAUGUAGGGCAUAUCGCUUUUGAUAUUAUCUAUUUUAUAUUGAACCCAUAGAAUAUGCAUAUUAUGCAUGUGUGCAAAUUUAUAUCAAAAUGUCGAAUAAAAGUAUGAUAGAAACUGCUGUUUUGUUCGCAGAAAUAAAAAAAAAACAUUGCUUGCCUCGUAUGGAUCCGCACAGCCCUAUUCAGAGAUUAGCAUACAAAUAAAUGAAGUUUCAUUUAAGCAACAGCGACGCAAUGGAAAAACGUAAGUAAGAACUUAAACGGUUAUUAUCUCAACACGGCAGUGAAUAUUGGGUCUAACAUCAAUGUUUGAUAUGUUUUGGAAGUCAGAAUUCGAUACCAAUCUAGCGGUUGAUUUUAUUACGUUCCAACUUGCUGCUCGAAUUAAAAUUCCAGUGUAUGUUAUUUUUUUUUUUGUUAUUCAGAAGAAGCAUAUUAAUAAAUUGAAUAAUAUAUGAUACGGAAGUUUUAACUAGUAAA